AUGUCUGGAGAAACCGCCGCUGAGGCUAAGAAGAAGACAUGCGUAUUCUGGGACGUAGAUGAUUGCCCAGUCCCUGAGGGUCUCGAUCCUAACUCGAUUUAUAAGAAUAUCAAAUCUGCUCUUGCGAAUGAGGGUUAUGUUGGUGAUUUGGAACUCAUGGCUUAUUGUGCGGACGAAACGGUCGCCGAUGGAUAUAUGCUCGAUGCCGGAAUGACCUUGGUACACAAAGUCAACAAACAUCUCACACCGAUGUUAUUCGACAUUUGUGAAUGGGCACUAGACAAUCCUAAAGGAUCAAAUCUGCUGCUAAUCUCAAAAUUCAACCCUGAAGAGAAAAAGUUGGUCUCUGUUGCUGUAAAUUUGGAUCGCAGAGGUUACAAUGUUCUCUUAGCAACGCCUGGUGAAGUCAAUUUAGGAUGGGUGUAUUUUACUCCAAGCUCAGUAUGGCUUUGGACGAGCAUUUCAAAGGGAGGAACCUCUAUUAACGCAAAGGAGAAGAAGCGCAAGUUCAGUGCAGAUACUGAUACCAAUUCUGAGAUCAUUGCGGAUACUGAUACCGAUUCUGAGAACAGAGAUGAAAGUAGCUGA